UAACAACCGGAGACAAUGCCCGAACCGGACGAAGAUACCCACCUCUACGUUCCUUCUUCUAGGUCAAAGGACGUUACGGUUGUAGCAGCUGCUUCGUCCAUCAUGGACUUGGACGUUGAUCUUGAUCUUGAUAAUCCUUGGCCGUUGGAUCAGAGCGGUUUUGUCUCCAACCCCAUGUCUCCCUUUCUUAUUUCUACUUCUGAACAGCCUUGCUCUCCUCUUUGGGCUUUUUCUGACGCCGACAACGACGAUAGAAUCGCUGCUCAUGCCAAUUAUCCUCUCUUUCUUAAAUUUGCAGGUAAUCCGAGUGCUGAAACUGAAAACCCAAAAGAUAAUGACGAAAACAGAAAGCUUCCUAGUCUUCCUUCCCCUUUUUCGGGACUGGUGCCCUUAGAGAACUCAGAUGGAUAUUGUAUGAUUAAGGAGAGGAUGACCCAAGCAUUGCGGUACUUUAAAGAAUCAACUGAGCAACAUGUUCUAGCUCAAGUUUGGGUGCCAGUAAAAGUCGGGGGUCGGUAUGUUCUAACAACUUCAGGGCAACCCUUUGUACUUGAUCCCCAUAGUAAUGGUCUACAUCAGUAUAGGAUGGUCUCUCUGAUGUAUAUGUUUUCUGUGGAUGGGGAUAAUGGUGGAGAGCUUGGGCUUCCUGGCCGUGUUUUCUGGAAAAAGUUGCCGGAAUGGACGCCUAAUGUGCAGUAUUACUCCAGCACAGAGUAUUCACGACUUGAUCAUGCUCUUAACCAUAAUGUUCGAGGAACCAUGGCUCUGCCUGUUUUUGAACCUUCUGGGCAGUCCUGUGUUGGUGUAAUUGAGCUUGUACUGACUUCGCAGAAGAUUAACUAUGCACCGGAGGUUGAUAAAGUCUGCAAAGCUCUUCAGGCAGUAAAUCUCAAAAGCUCAGAAAUCCUGGAUCACACGAGCACACAGAUUUGCAAUGAGGGGCGCCAAAAUGCACUGGCUGAGAUUUUGGAGAUAUUGUCAGUUGUGUGUGAAACACACAAAUUACCAUUAGCUCAGACUUGGGUUCCAUGCCGGCAUCGAAGUGUUCUGGCCUACGGUGGUGGUUUGAAGAAAAGCUGUAGUAGCAUCGAUGGUAGCUGCAUUGGACGAGUCUGCAUGUCGACAACUGAUGUUGCUUGCUACAUAGUAGAUGGUCACAUGUGGGGUUUUCGGGAAGCUUGUGUUGAGCAUCACCUACAAAAGGGUCAGGGGGUCGCUGGGAGGGCGUUUUUCUCCCUCAGUUCUUGCUUCUGCAAUGAUAUUACUCGAUUCUGCAAAACUGAGUACCCAUUAGUACACUAUGCACGCAUGUUUGGAUUAACCAGCUGUUUUGCUAUCUGCUUACGGAGCACUUAUACUGGAGAUGACGAUUACAUUCUAGAAUUUUUUUUGCCCCCUGUCAUUAGAGACAGUUAUGAGCAACAAACUUUGUUAGGCUCCAUAUUAUCAACAAUGAAGCAGCGUUUCCAUAGUCUUAAAGUUGCCUCCGGGGUAGAAUUUGAGGGUGAAGGAUCAAUCGAAAUCAUUGAGGCUUCUGUGGACGAGAAACUUAUUUCAAGAUUUGAAUCUGUUCGAUUACAAUCUGUGAGAUCACCGCCUGGCCUUAAUGCAUUACCAAAAGGGGGAGAGUUGCCUCAGCCAGAUUUAUCGGAGCAGCAGUUACUUGUGAGUUUUGAUACUAUUAACGAUGGAGGCAAUGUUGUAAGUGUGGGUGGGGGCCACAACCCAGUUUGUUUUCAAGAGAACAAAAACACAAAAAAGCCUUCAGAGAGAAAACGUGGAAAGACUGAGAAAUCAAUUAGUCUAGAAGUUCUCCAACAAUAUUUUGCUGGGAGUCUUAAAGAUGCUGCAAAGAGCCUUGGUGUUUGUCCUACAACAAUGAAGCGAAUCUGCAGGCAGCAUGGGAUCUCUAGGUGGCCAUCUCGCAAGAUCAAUAAGGUUAAUCGCUCCCUCUCUAAGCUAAAGCGUGUAAUUGAAUCUGUCCAUGUUGCCGAUGGAACUUUUGGAUUAACUUCUCUCACUACUAGUCCACUUCCAGUUGCUGUUGGUUCCAUUUCUUGGCCUUCUGGUGUGAAUGGCUCCAACCAACAACACUCUCCAAACUCAAAACCCUCCGAACCUUUGGGUGAAAAAAGUGAAUCUCCCAACUGUAGAACACCAGGAAAUGAUGCUCAGGCCGGGGUGGAUGAUCAGUUGUUGGGUGAAAAGAUAUUGAAUCACAAGGAACUUAGUCUUGAGCAAAAUGCACUUUCACCUGAAAUAGAUAAAGGCUCGAAGAGUUCCGGAACAGGGAGUGGGUCAAGGGAAGGAAGUGCUGGGACCCCCACUUCUCAUGGUUCGUGCCAAGGUAGCCCUGCAAACGCAAGUGCGCCUUCAAAGGAUCCACAUGUUUCUGUUAUCCAUGAGCCCUGCUUUAAAGUAGGGGGCUCCCCUGAAUUGGCACUUCAAACCACAGGGGAAAUGAGUUUAACUGCUGCAUUCUCAAUACCUGAUGCUCUUGUAACAACAGAACUUCAAGAACCGUUUGGAGGAAUGUUAGUGGAGGAUGCUGGAAGCUCCAAGGAUUUGAGAAACCUAUGUCCAGCUGCAGUUGAUGCUAUUGUGGAAGAACAGUUUCUGGAAUCAAGUUGGCCAAACCUGACACGUGCUACUUUGUUAUCUCAGCAUCCCCUGGCUACUUCGACUCAAACAAUACCACGUGUACCUGCUCGGCAGGAAAUGAAGAGUAUGACUAUAAAGGCAACUUAUAGAGAAGAUAUAAUAAGAUUUCGAAUAUCUUUAAGUUCUGGUAUUGUGGAAUUAAAAGAGGAAGUGGGCAAGAGGCUGAAGUUGGAGGUGGGUACUUUUGAUAUAAAGUAUCUAGAUGAUGAUCAAGAGUGGGUUCUGAUUGCCUGUGAUGCCGACUUGCACGAGUGUCUGGAUAUAUCAAGAUCAUCAGGCAGCAACAUAAUCAGAUUGUCAAUUCAUGACUUAACGACCAACCUUGGAAGUUCUUGUGAGAGCACUGGGGAGUUAUGAUUAGAUUGUAAAUAUUGUAAGUUUAGAGCAUAAUUAAUCCGUGUAGUGUUAGGAUACCAGGAGAGUGAACGUGUAGAUUUUGGUUCUCUUGAGGCUGCUUCAGUAGUAAACAGUUUUCCGUUGUCUUCAGUUUUACUGCUUUAAAUUGUUAAUAUUUGCAUGUUUAAUUUUUAAUGGGUAAUUGAUAUAGAAAUCGGAACUCCAUUAUGGUUUUCUUAAUGACUUGUCUUUAGACGGUUAGAAAUUCUCCUUUGUUAUACAAAAUUGAAGUCAUGAACCUCCAAGCUUCAUCCAUGUCCCACGAAGAACCUCUUGAAGGUCAUCAUUGUUCUU